AUGAAGAGUCACAGAAACGCCAAACAAGCGAAGAUUCAAAGGGUGCUCUCUUUUGGGCAGGCACCGACGUCCAACGUGUUUAAGCCCCAACCCGACAAAGACAAAGAUUUAUGGGUAGAGAACUCUCCUGCGGUUGAUCCUUCUAAUUCAAUGAGUGUUUGUUCUUCGUAUGAAUCUGAGCUUUGGAAGAAAGCUGAGACCCAACUGCGACGAAUGAUCGAUACUCGCAUCCUUCUUCUCAUCGUCCUGUUUCAUCUCUUGAAUUAUUUGGACCGCAACUCCAUUACCCAAGCCCGUUUGUAUGGCCUUCAAGAAGAUACUGGUGUCAAGGGUGCCGAAUACCAGACGGCCAUCUUGAUCUUCUCGGCUGGAUAUAUCUUGAGGCAAAUUCCUUCAUGA